UUCAUCUCACUGAGAUACAUGGUGGCAAACAGAACUUUUUAAGGGUUUUUAUGAGUAAAUCAGUAAACUGGUUCUCAUCAAAAUCAUUAUUGUGAGAAACAGGUACUGAAGAUGCCCAGUUCCAGGGCCACACGCGGAGUUCUUUUGGGUACAGUUAUUGGCUUGGCAUUGGCAGGACUUUUUAUUGUGUGGAGCGACAAAUACACUCACAUAAAGUAUCAGUCAGGACCCUUGGCGAGCUCUGGACAGUUAUUAUGGUAUGGAGAUCGUGAUAUCACGUCACUAAAACCGUCAACGGAAAAUGAAAAGGAUGAAUUCGGAAGGGAGAAAUUGGAAACACAGCAAACUACGGGAGAAACAAGAAUAGACGAUCCAGGUCACAAUGCAGAUCAUCCAGUUUCAACAAAUGACUUGUACAAAGCUUAUGGUCACGUGCACACCAUCGUGUUUUUCAUUGGUUAUCCACGUAGUCGUCACAGUCUUCUAGGCUCGCUAAUGGAUGCCCAUCCGCGCAUGGUUGUAUCUGACGAAAGAAUGGCUUUCAACGCAUGGAGAAGAAGGUCUAGCUCAUUCAUCGACAGCUCAAUAUACAAAUUUUAUGAUAUUAUGUUCCAAGCUUCAGAGAAAUCAGUUUCCUCGGGAAGACGGUCAAGAACCUUCGAAGGAAAUGUCACAAACAAGGCUUCAAGGUAUGGAUAUAUGGUACCAAACCAGUGGCAAGGAAGAUUUGAUCAAUACAUUGAGGUGAUUGGAGACAAAGCAGGUGCAUUUACGGCCUCCGCAAUGCUUAACGACGAUGCUAUUGACGCUGUACGCCUGUUAGAGAAAACUGCCGCUGCUAAGGUGAAGUUCAUUCAUGUCGUAAGAAAUCCAUUUGACAAUAUUGCGACCAUGGUUCUACAGCAUGGUAAAAUCAAACAGCGUGAAGGGAGCCACGAAGUCAAGCUGCAGCAAAAUUUACCGAGAACAGAUGAAAUGAAGCGCGUGAUUAGAGCCAGUACAGGCAUAAAUGGGCAGAUUGAAGCUCCUGAAAUACUUGAUGACAAAAUAGACGCUUAUUUCAAGUGGGCCAAGGGAAGUAACAAAGCAAGAGAGGCUCUUCCUGGAAGCGUUCUUGAUAUUCCAAGCAUAGAAAUUGUUCUUCAUCCCGCAGAGGUUCUGAGAAAGAUCUGCAAGUUCCUAGGGAUCUUAUGCACUGAGAAAUAUCUACAAGACUGUGCAGACACUGUGGACCCAACUCCUUCAAUAACACGUGACUAUGUAAAGUGGACUACCAAACAGAAGGAGAGAGUGAACACGGAAAUGAAAAGAUUCACGUUUCUACAGGGUUUUUCUUUCGAUAAGACGGUUUAGUAGAGGAGAAAAUGAGAGUAAAAACCCUGCAGAAGAAUGUUUAUUAAUUAAAUUUAUAUCUCAUUAAUUCAGGAAUUAAAGAAAAGAGAUGGAGAGGAUUUUAAAAAUCUCGUCACCUCUACGAAGAGGAGAGUAGUCAUCAAUCAGCCUCGUUUCCAGUUUCUCUCUUCAAUUUUUUAAAAUGAGAGACCCUGGGAAUGACGUGCUCACUUUUAUUCAACCUAAUGAAGUCGGCUUUUCUGAUUGGUUGAAUUUCUUCCAAUAGCUAAAAAAUUAAAUUGUAUUCGCAAGACCCUAAAAGAGUGUUAUUCACAAGAUAAGCGUAAAGUAGUCUGUUAUAAUUUUCUGCAUCGUUCCUGUUCUCACUUAUAACCACCUUGAAAUACACUAAAUCAUAAUAGGUACCAUAGCAACCGUUAAAUGUCUAUGUCAUAAGGACCUGUUCUUCUGGGGUGGCAGCCGUAUCUAUAUCCGGGCCCUUGGUUCUUUCCUGAAGGAGAAUGUUACUUCGAAAAUUGAACUUAUACGCAAACGUUCUCUUGGGAUUGAAUUACACAUUUCAUUUUUCUU